UCGACUUGCUAUGCUCCGCCUUCGCCCCCUCUCCUCUUCGUGAUUUUGGUAUUUGCGUCAGCUUUGUUUCUCAAUCGACGGCGAAGUCAAUCUCACUUCCCACUACCGCAAGACGUGGAAGUGCUCCAACCUUCAAGAUGUUUCGCAUGCCAAAAGAUAUCCCACGAGCUACCCUAGCAGGCGCCGUGAUUUGCAUCACUAUCUCCGGUACCCUUUUUGGCGCCUCGCAGAAAUCCAAACAUCAAUUUCAACAGAAAGUCCAAGAACAGAAGGCACUUGAGCCGACGAUCGAUGAGCGAAUCACCGGGCUCAGAGGUAUGCGAGAAAACCUGAUGGCCAAAAAGGAACUCGUGGAGAAGCAGCUUCAGAAUCUGGAGGCUAGAAUCGAAGAAAGAACCCAGAACCAAUUCAGUGAGCCGAAGAAGGAGCCGCCGCACAACAAGUGAAGGAUUGAGUCUGAAAGAAUGCGAGCUCAAAAAGAUAAUGCCGCCGCCCAAUGUCUUGGUUGGUUCGAUUACUGCUUGCUAGCCUUAUGCGAUGGACUGUCAUUCAAGUGACGAAUGUCCGGGCGAUUGAUCGUCACCUUAU